AUGACACCAAGUUCUUUGUCCCCGCAUUACGCGGCUCAAUCUCCUUCAGGACGUAAACCUGACUUGGUAGCGAAGGAGGUGCUGGAAUGGUGGCAAACCAACGGAAAGCACCCGUUCAUCCAGCCCCACAUCUCGUCACCGAGUAAUGUGGGUGCGAACUCGCCAGAGAACUUACCACUAGGUGAUAAGGUCCAACUCAUUCGACUACCAGUAGCUUCACCGUCAGCCGUUAAAGAGUUCAGUCAGGUUAGCAGUGAAGAGCCAGCACAUCUCACCACAGGACUGCGCUUUUUGUCAGUCUUAGAUGACCACGUCAAAGCAAACGUGACAUAG